ACCUAAAAGGAAUGAUGUAAUCAACACUUUUCACAAACUGUGGAAAUUAUAAUUGUUAUCUCAAAUAUUUUUGAUUACUUUUGAAGUCAUAUUUCCUAGACAGAGAAAAAUGUUUCGAAUAUUUUCACUGAAUGUGCUGUCACUGAAAAGUGAAGCCCCCUCCGAAAUGCACUUCGAGUCUUCAGGUGAGCCAAAUGACCUUGUAAAGGAAAUGGAAAGUAUCCUGUGAAAAAAACACAUUCUAUGUAACCGGAUGUAGUGAAGGGGAAUUUGAGGUAUGCUCGCCUCCCCCGCCCCUCCCCUUCGCCGUUUCUGUCAUCUCGUCGCAUCUUCUCUCGCGCACCGCGACUAGUCCUUCAUCUACCUGGCUGCUCAUAAAACCAUUCCCUCACGCUCGCGGGGGGAACUACGCGUUCAGUAACCCAGAACCGCUAACGUAACGAUGCCAGGUACCGAAUAACGUCGAGAAGAAAGAAAAUAUAAUUUUACCAUUGCGCGCGUUCACCUCGACAAAGUCACGCUCCGAUACGCACGACCACACGCGCCCACGGGAGAGAGCAGUUCACGCGCGGCAGAUGCUUCCCAGUCCUCGCUGAGAUGAUGGCUCUGUGGACGCUCUUCUGCAUCCUCGCCAUUGUGAAAAGCAGUGAUGGAGCAGAUACAGAAGAGAGACUGGUGGAGCAUCUUCUUAAUCCAGCCCACUACAACAAACUGAUCCGACCAGCGACCAAUGGUUCAGAACUGGUGACCGUGCAGCUCAUGGUCUCGCUGGCCCAGCUCAUCAGUGUGCAUGAAAGAGAACAGAUCAUGACCACCAAUGUCUGGCUUACACAGGAGUGGCAGGACUACCGGCUAACAUGGAACCCAGAUGAGUUUGACGGCAUGAAGAAAGUCCGUCUUCCUUCCAAACAUAUUUGGUUACCUGAUGUUGUUCUUUACAACAAUGCUGAUGGCAUGUAUGAGGUGUCUUUCUACUCCAAUGCCGUCGUCUCCUAUGAUGGAAGUGUCUUCUGGUUGCCACCAGCGAUCUAUAAGAGUGCCUGUAAAAUUGAGGUGAAGCAUUUCCCAUUCGACCAGCAGAACUGCACUCUGAGCUUCCGGUCGUGGACCUAUGACCGCACAGAAGUAGACCUUGUUCUGCGCGCGGAUGUGGCUAGCAUGGACGACUUCACACCUAGCGGCGAGUGGGACAUCAUCGCUCUGCCCGGCCGCCGAAACGAGAACCCCUUGGACCCAACCUACGUAGACAUCACCUAUGACUUCAUCAUCCGCCGCAAACCUCUCUUCUACACCAUCAACCUCAUCAUUCCUUGCGUCCUCAUCACCUCGCUGGCCAUCUUAGUGUUCUACCUGCCAUCAGACUGCGGGGAGAAGAUGACGCUCUGUAUCUCAGUGCUACUGGCCCUCACUGUGUUCCUGCUGCUGAUCUCCAAAAUCGUGCCACCCACGUCUCUCGAUGUCCCUCUGGUUGGGAAGUAUCUGAUGUUCACCAUGGUGCUCGUCACGUUCUCUAUUGUUACGAGUGUGUGCGUCCUGAACGUGCAUCACCGGUCACCCACCACACACACUAUGCCUCCAUGGGUAAAGUUGGUAUUCCUCAACAAGUUGCCCACCCUACUCUUCAUGCAGCAGCCGCGCAACAGCAGCGAGCGACAGCGUCUGCGCCAGCGUCGUCGUGCCAACGAACAGCAGGAAGGUGGGCGAGGGGGUCUGGCUGCCGGGCUUAUGGCGGGGCUCGGCCUGGGCGGCUCUUCAUCAGGGAACAAUGAGAACAAUGAGGCAUGCACAUGCUAUGUGAACCGAGCCUCAGUGAAACAGUUUGGGGCAGAGUUGGGUGGAGGGGGUGGCGCAGGGGGAUCGACAGAUGGACUAAACGGGAUAAGGGAAGGGGGAAGAGAGGCCAGGGAAGGAGGUUCAAAUACGGUGCAGAGCUCUGCUCUACCUCGGGGGAAGCAGCAGCCCCCUACAGUCCUCACACAGGCUCUGCUGGCCCAGACCUGCCCAGGGUUUGAUGAGGCCGUAGAUGGAGUCCGCUUCAUCGCAAACCACAUGAAGAGCGAGGACGACGACCGUAGUGUGAGUGAGGACUGGAAGUACGUGGCCAUGGUGAUCGAUCGUCUAUUCCUCUGGAUCUUUGUGUUUGUGUGUGUCUUUGGCACAAUCGGAAUGUUCCUUCAACCUCUGUUCCAAAACUACACAGCCAAAGUUAUCACCCACACACCUGGCUGACUAACCACCAGCCCCCGCCACACCAAUGGACGCUACCCACCAUCAGUUGGACAGGAGGGCGAAGGGAGGAGGGGGGGUCAGCCGAAGGGGAGGGCAAAUGUCACUCUGGACUAACGUUAGGUUUACAUGAACCUUUUUUUGGAAUAUCACACAGAGUGGGGAUUUUGUCCAGGAUUCUCGUUCAGCCCUCUCGUCCAGUCCACCUUCCCCUCCUUUUAGGUGAAAAACCACACAAGCCAAUCGGAGAGAAAGGAGACACCUGUUUACUUUGCUCAGCAGCCAAUCAGCACUCUUUUCCGCAAAUAGAAAGCCAUCCACCGUCCACAAGCUCUGAAACGAGCAGUCUGCUUCCUCAAGAGUCACAUGACUUCCGUUUGUUACUUGUAAAUGCGAUCUAGCCAGACAGGGAUGAACUUAAAUGCCUGUUCUAACAUAAUUUCUAUCAGAUUUUCAUAAUCAAAUCUCUUGUCUUAUUUAUUUCUUAUGGUCUAGAAGCCUGUCAUGAUCCAUGCAUUGCAAAUACAAAAACAUUCUCAUUUCUGUGCAAAAUCAAGCGUCUGGUCCUUGAAAAAAAAUGGGCUUUGAUGCAGUAUUAUAAUAUUAUUCAUAUAAUUACUGUGUGAAUUGUAUUGCUACAACACACAACAUAAAGAGGGAGGAUGCCUGAUGAGAUCAGAGUGAGAUUGUUAAUAGACAAUGACUGUGUAUAAAGGAUUGGUGGUACUAUGAAAACUUGGCCCCACCAAGGGUCUCUGUGGUGUGGGAGAGGAUUCCCACUUAUAAAAUGUUGUCCCAAGCCUUGUGAAUUUUUAGUACAACACUGAACAGAUGAGCGAUGAGCUCAGUGAGUCCCUUUAGCCCCUAAAUACUUAACUGAGGUCAGACAGAAUGGCUUAUACAUAGACAGACUAGUCUUAAAGAAUGUUCAAAAUUGAGACACUGAAAGAUCAAAAUGACAUGAAAAGAAAUCCUGAGCAGUAUUGCAUUAGUAAUGGCAUCCUGUAUCUUCAUUUCACUCCCUUUCUCUCUUUCUCCUAUCCUCCUCAUUUAUCUAUCCCGUUCUUAUCAGUCCUCUCACACCACAUUACUUGCACCUUAGAAAUACAUAAUAGCUUCUCAUGAAAAUAUAAAGCCAUUGGGUAAGUGACUUUGGAUAUUUCUUGGUUUUUAGCAGAUUUCAGCAUAAUUUGAAUGUUUUUCAUUCACAAAUUCUAUGCUUUUUGUUUGUUUAUUAAGUAUUUUGGCUAAUUUGAUUGUGCUUAAAUAUCAGAUUAUAUACACACUACCAUUCAGAGUUUGGGGUCUGUAAGAUUUUAGAAGUCUAUUAUUGUCACCGAUGCUGCAUUUAUGAUCCAAAAUACAGUAAAAUAAUAUUGUUAAACAUUAUUACAAUUUAAAAUAACUGCUUCUGAUGUAAUAUAUUUGAAAAUGUAAUUUAUUCCUGAUGGCAAAGAUGAAUUUUCAGCAU